AUGUCUUGGCAUCAUGUUCCAACCAACCUCAAUCCGGCGGAUGUCGUGUCGCGAGGCUGUACACCUAAAGAAUUGCUGGAGCAUUCUCUUUGGGCUAAUGGACCUCCAUUUCUUUUGCAGAACUCAUCGGAAUGGCCUUCCCUGCUUGAUGUAGCAAGGGAUCUUCCAGAGCGUCGUUCCGCGACUCUAAUUGGAACCGUGUCCAAGCCUCUACUUUCCAAUGGCCAUCUUUCCGUUGAGGAGAUCAACUCGGGGACCAUACUUCUUCUAAGGAGCAUCCAGCAGAUUCACUUAGCCAAGGAGUAUGGAGUUCUUAGCCAGAGCAAGCCGUGUCCACAGAAGAGCAAACUGAUUUCGCUGAGGCCAAUUCUUGGCACCGAUAGAUUACUUCGCGUUGGUGGAAGACUUCAGAACGCAAACUUGGACUAUGAUACUAAGCAUCCGAUAUUGCUUCCCAAGGACCAUCCAGUCACCAAAGCAAUCAUCGUGUAUUUCCAUAAAAAAUACAUGCACGCAGGAUCGCAGGCGUUGCUUGCCACAUUACGACAAAGAUAUUGGCCGAUUGGAGGUCGGAAGUUCGUGGCUAGCGUCAUCAACAAAUGCGUUAGAUGCUUUCGGAUGAGGCCUGUGACUUGGGAGCACAUCAUGGGUAGUCUUCCAGCGAAUCGAGUUCAACCUAACCCAGCAUUUCAUACGACAGGAGUCGACUAUUGUGGGCCAUUCUAUCAUAAAGCAGAGUCCCGGAACAAGGCACCGCACAAGUGCUACAUCGCCGUCUUUGUCUGCUUUUCCACGAAGGCCGCUCACUUGGAAGUCGUCCAGGACCUCACAACAGAUUCCUUCAUAGCAGCUCUGAGAAGGUUCAUCAGCCUUAGAGGCAGUCCGCGAACUAUCUGGAGUGAUAAUGCGACUAACUUUGUCGGCGCCAAGAGCGAGUUAGGAGAGCUGAAGGAAUUAUUUUUGAGCGAGCAACAUAUAGCUUCGAUAGCUUCUUCGUGCCUAGCGGACGGGAUAGAUUGGAAGUUCAUACCUCCGCGUGCUCCACACUUUGGUGGCCUAUGGAAGGCCGCUGUCAAAUCGGCCAAGUUUCACUUCUACAGAGUCGUCGGUCCAUCCAUCUUAUCCCUCGAUGAAUUGAGAACUCUUGCCUACGAGAUUUCUGCUAUCCUUAACUCAUGUCCCCUCUGUCCAAUUUCAAAAAACGCUGAAAGCCUCGAGGUGCUAACGCCGGCGCAUUUCUUAAAGGGUUCCAGCUACACCAAAUUUCCUGAGCCGGAUGUCACGCAUCUCCUUCAAGGCCGCCUCAGCCUCAAAUUGUGA